AUGGCUCCGGUCCGACGAUAUCUGAGGAUAUCCAAGUACUCGGUCCUUGAGUGCCGGAUUUAUUUGGAUAACCCUGCAUUGGCCCAAUCAUGGCUUCUGAAUCCUCGAAAUCCAGUAUUACCCAAGGUCAUCGAGGCAAUCCGUCCUUUGGUGCUUCCGAAGCUGCGUGAAGAGAAGGAAAGGAUAAGAAAGAAGAGCAAGAAGAAGAGCAUCAAAGACGUCAUAGUAUCAGACGAGUUUGAGGUCUCCAUCUUCUUGACAGAGACGAGCACGAGACAUUCUCUCCUUUACAAGACCAAACAUUUCAGGGACAAGCUACCACCGAAACUCGAGUCCAACUCGUCCAAACUCAUCGGUGAGACAGAUAGUGUUCCCGUGGACGUUGAGGAUGAAUAUCGUGCACCUGUCUUGCAAGAAGAAGACGAUGAUGAGGUGAGACUCGCCGAUAUCCCCGUUGCCGAAACAAAAGCACGGCGGAGUAAGCGCCAAAGAGGAAUACAGGGCCCGGAGCAAAAUAGCAACGAUGAGGCAUUUGAAGAUGAUGAAACAGCCUCGGCCGUCGAAAUCGGUUCUGAUACGGAGGCACCCCCACACAAGAGGCACAGAGCCCGGACGAACGACGGCCUUGAUGGAAACGAAGACAAGAAGAAGCUAGCUAUGGACGUCUCAUAUGAGGGAUUUGCAAUAUACGGUCAGGUGCUGUGCCUUGUGGUCAAGAAAAGAGCAAACGCUGCAGCUAGCAGUGGUGGGGGUGGGAAAGCCCGGCCAGAAGGCCAGGCCACGAUGGAGAAUUGGAUUUCUUCUACGCAAGUGCCUGUUGGGGAGGACAUUCCAUAA